AUGGACGAGUCUGGCAAGAAGAAGCGAUCUAGAAAGCGCGGAAAACGAUCCGCCACUGCGGAUGCUGGAUCUACGCACAAAGAAGCCAGUGCAGCAUCGCCCUCGAAGCCCGGCACGGAAGCAUCUGCAUCGAAAGAGUUCCUGGAGCGCAACAAUCCCUACAAGCCUUCGGGCUUUGCCAGCUCCGCGUCGAAUGGCCAGCCUCAACGCGGGACAGAUGCGGCGAAGCAGUCGACAUUGACAUCCGCUAGAGGUCACCUUCUUGAACGCCAAAGAAAGGAUAUUGGAAGGGACUGGACUCUGAGUGUAGCUUUGCCUGGCUCGAUCAUACUCAACGCCCAAACUCCCGAGUUGCAAGCCAGGUUAGCCGGCGGCUUGGCUCGUACAUGCGCGAUCUUCAACGUGGACGAGGUCAUCGUCUUUCACGAAGAUGUAAAGGCUGUUUCGCAAGGGCACGAUUGGACCGGCGGCCGACGGAAAGCAGCCGGAGGUCAUCAGAGAGCAGAGGCAGGUGCAGAUGGGACCGAGGAGAGGAGUGCAUUUGAUCCAGACGCUUUCUUGGCGAGGAUCUUGCAGUACCUCGAAACCCCUCAGUACUUGAGAAAAGCGCUGUUCCCAAUGCACAAAGAUCUGCGCCUUGCAGGUCUGUUGCCGCCUCUAGACUGCCCGCAUCAUCUCCGGUACGAAGACGUAUCGACGUUCCGCGAAGGCGUCGUGGUCGAAUCAGACUCCAGCGGACAUCACGGCAAAAAGAGGAGAUACGACGAUGGUGCUGCGCACAAUGGAAACGAGCAGCUCGUGGAGGUGGAUGUGGGACUUGGGCAGCCGAUCCGGGCGCGAGUAUCUGGUGAUGGCCCUUCCGCCAAUGAGAAGGUACCCACAGGCGUACGCGUGACCGUCAGAAUGCCACCGCAUGUUGGUGCAGUAGGCAAACUCGUGUCUCCUCGACAGCCAGUCAAAGAAACGGGAGGAUACUGGGGCUACUCGGUGCGGCUGUGCAACAGCUUGUCAGAAGUUUUGACGACGUGUCCCUUUGGGCGCGAAAGCACAGCUUCGCCCGACGCAUCCCAGGCAGAGUACGAUCUCGUCCUGGGCACUUCUGAGCGAGGCACCAGUCUGACGGAGCUGCUUGAAGGUGCUGCUACUGCCACGAGUGUGACUUCGCAGAUGGAUACGGGCCGAUUGAAGCCAUUCAAGCAUGCCCUCUUGGUCCUCGGCGGUCUUUCGGGCUUGGAAGUCAUCAUCGACCAAGAUCCGACGAUUGAUCUGGGAGCUCAUCAGGCUAGUCUGCUCUUUGACGUCUGGAUCAACGUGCUGGAGAAGCAAGGUAGCAGGACGAUUCGAACAGAGGAGGCGCUGCCGAUUGCGUUGGCACGACUCAAGACUUUUUUCGAGGCGUAUGGCACCUGA